ACAAACAGCUGCAGGUCGUUAGUUUAAUCGGACGACGCCAAACAACGCGAAGGACUGUUUUACCUUGUUUUUUUUUAAAGACAUUUUAUGACAUUUCAUGAAACAAUGUAUCUUAAACUUUUUCGAAGUUUAUCUGCAUUGACAGGAAAGAUACAUUUAGCGCCCGCAAAACCCUUCUGUAGCACAACACAAGGUCAGGCUGUGGUCUCAGAGCGCAGGGCCUCCGUGGUAAGCGUGGCUAUAAACCGCCCUGAGGUGCGUAAUGCGGUCAACCAGGAGACAGCAAGGCGUCUGCUGGAGGAGCUGGAAGCCUUUGAGAAUGACCCAGCCUUGAACGUGGCUGUCCUGCACGGUAUAGGAGGCAACUUCUGCGCUGGUUAUGAUCUGAAGGAGCUGGCCAAUCACACGGCCUCUCUCAAAUUGGAGCAAGAUGUCACCAAGGGUCCUGGGCCAAUGGGUCCCUCUCGUUUGGAGUUCUCCAAGCCGCUGAUAGCAGCAGUCAGUGGUUUCGCCGUGGCCGGAGGUCUGGAGCUGGCCCUGCUGGCUGACCUGCGGGUGGUGGAGGAGAGCGCCGUCAUGGGGGUGUUCUGUCGUAGGUUCGGAGUUCCUUUGAUUGACGGAGGCACCGUGAGACUCCCGCAGCUCAUUGGUCUGUCCAGAGCUCUGGACCUGAUUCUGACCGGGCGGCCUAUCGGAGCACAGGAAGCUCUCGCGUACGGGCUGGCGAACAGAGUUGUACCUGAUGGCCAAGGAUUACAGGCGGCCCUGCAGCUUGCCGAGCAGAUCAGCUCCUUCCCGCAGCAGUGCAUGAGGGCCGACCGCUCCUCAGCCAUCUACAGCUGCUACGACGCACCCUCCUUCAUGCUGGCCAUGCAGUAUGAGGUGGACAACGGCGCGCCAGUCAUCUUGUCUGAAGCCGUCGCCGGGGCAACCAAAUUCACUACUGGAGCUGGACGAGGAGGGACAUUUUCAUAAGGUGUUAUUUUUCAAUCAUUUUACGUGGCACAGCCUGACUGAAAUCACAUCUUAUUUUAACAAAGCAGAAUGCUUGGUCUAGUCCGGGGCGGGGGCAAACUUUGACCCGUGGGCCACAUUUGGCUAAAAAUUUGGGCAGAGGGGCCAUCUAUUUAGGUGGUCAUCAAACAGAACAACAUACUUGCUUACGGUGCAACAAAACAAAAACACAACACAUCCACAGCAAAUUAACACAUCACAUAAACAAACUACUACGUGGGUGAUACACAACAACUCAUCACUAAACAUAACGCUAAUGUAAAACUCAUGUAAAGAUGUCCAAAUGCCCACAAGGCAUGCUGGGUAGUCCAGCAGCAGCAACAAUAUGAACUAUGAACAAUAAAAGAUUGGAUAUCGAUAUUUGGAUGGCUUUUUUGUACAACCUUCAGAUUGCAUCGGACAAUUUUGGCAGCUCAAGCGUGCCACACUAGCACCGCAAGUCAUGUUUCCAGCGACAGUUUUGAUGUUAAAGGUUUAAAAAAAGGAUCUGGAAAAGGCCGGGUGGCCAGAUAUAAGACGCUUGGCGGGCAUGAUGUGGCCUGCGGGCAGCAAAUUGCCCCCCUCCCCCGGUCUAGUCUAUAGUGUUCAUUAAAAUGGGCAACUUUGUAAUUAUUGACGCAAAUAUAUAAGAUAACCCCAAAGGUCACUGGUAGUGACUUCUAUACAAGGAAUAUGUUAAGAUGCAAAAGUGUGCUUCUGACUUCAGUGACAAAGUGUGAUAAAUGAACAUUAACAACCAAAUGUGGUGUUUAUGUUAGUGACUGCCUGUCAGUCCUGCUCCCAUGCAAAUGUACUGGGAUGUACUACAUGUUAAGGCACUGUAAUUAGUAGAAGAAAAUAAUUAUUAUGCAAGAAUAAAGUUGUAAUCUCACAAGAAUAACGUUGUAAUGUAUUUAAAUGGGGGAAAAAACUACAUACGCAUUGAAAUGGCACUUUGCUGGGUUUAUUCCAUCAUCAACCAGGAGUAUUUAAUAUUAUGUGUGUGCGUAUAGUAUUUAAUUUAUUUAACUAUUUCAAUUCUGGCUCU